UCAGCUUUCAUCUGCAUCUUCAAAGCUCCGGGAAAAUCAGCAGUUUAAGCUUUUACUUUGAAAAGCAUUUCCGGAAGUCUCUCUUGUCCGUAUCCUAUGCUAGCUGGCUUAACGCUAGCUUAAACGAUCACAUUCUAGAAAAUGCCAAAUAAUUUAAAAAUGUACAUGUUAGAGGCGCGUUUCUUUUUAUAAGCACCCUUUACUCCAUUCGGCGUUGGUUUCUAUACUUUAUAGAGCUGUUACGGGUAUUUAAACAGGUUUAAAGUGCUAACGUUCAGCUAACCCCCACGACUUUUCCACGCUCGCCGCUGUGAAGUAUAACAGGAAGAGGCGGCGGCAAGGAGGAGCCGCUGUUGCGGUACGACUUAGUUCCUCCGCUCCAUUUCCUCGUCUUCCCCAGCUUUCUGUUAUUGUCUAAUUCAGCUCAUAAUAUCACCCGGGGCGGUGAAUUUCAAUAAGAUCCUAAAAUGCACCGGUAUUUCGGAGAGCUACUCACCCGGGGAGCUGGCAGCAUCCUGGCGUCGGGCUGCUCUGCCGCUGACACUGUUCGCCCUGUGUCCGCGUCCCUGCUGCGGUCCCGUGGCUACAGCCAGGCCGUGGACCGGGGCGACGACCCCAACUUUUUCACCAUGGUUGAGGGCUUCUUUGAUCGGGGUUCCGCUAUCGUGGAGGACAAGCUGGUGGAGGACCUGAAGACCCGUGAGAGCCCAGAGCAGAAGAAGAAGAAGGUCCGCGGGAUCCUGCGGAUCAUCAAGCCGUGUAACCACGUCCUGAGCGUCUGCUUCCCCAUCAGGAGAGACAACGGAGAGUGGGAGGUGAUAGAGGGCUACCGGGCCCAGCACAGCCAGCACCGGAUGCCCUGCAAGGGAGGUAUCCGCUACAGUACAGAUGUGUGUGUGGAUGAGGUGAAAGCUCUGGCUUCGCUGAUGACGUACAAAUGUGCUGUUGUCGAUGUGCCGUUUGGUGGAGCCAAAGCUGGAGUGAAGAUCAACCCCAAGAAUUACUCAGACUCGGAGCUGGAGAAAAUCACCAGGAGGUUCACCAUCGAGCUCGCCAAGAAAGGCUUCAUCGGGCCUGGGAUCGAUGUUCCUGCUCCAGACAUGAGCACAGGGGAGCGGGAAAUGUCCUGGAUCGCAGACACCUUUGCCACCACCAUGGGACACAAUGACAUCAACGCUUACGCCUGCGUCACCGGGAAGCCCAUCAGUCAGGGAGGGAUCCAUGGUCGGAUCUCCGCCACCGGCAGAGGCGUUUUCCACGGCAUUGAGAACUUCAUCAGUGAGGCGGCCUACAUGAGCCAGCUGGGGUUGUGUCCUGGCAUCCACGACAAGACCUUCGUCAUCCAGGGUUUCGGUAACGUCGGCCUCCACUCCAUGCGCUACCUUCAUCGGUAUGGAGCAAAGUGUAUCGGAGUCGGAGAAAUAGACGGAACUAUCUGGAACCCCAACGGCAUCGACCCCAAAGAACUGGAGGAGUACAAACUGGCCAAUGGGACCAUCGUGGGCUUCCCGAACGCUACGCUGUAUGAGGGAAACAUCCUGGAGGCUGACUGUGACAUCCUGAUCCCAGCUGCCGGCGAGAAACAGCUGACCAAGAGCAACGCACACAAGGUCAAAGCCAAGGUCAUAGCGGAGGGAGCCAACGGUCCGACCACGCCUGAAGCUGACCGCAUCUUCCUGGAGAGGAACAUCUUGGUGAUCCCGGACAUGUACCUGAAUGCCGGCGGUGUCACAGUUUCCUACUUUGAGUGGCUGAAGAACCUGAACCACGUCAGUUACGGUCGACUCACCUUCAAAUAUGAACGAGACUCCAACUAUCACCUGCUCAUGUCGGUGCAGGAGAGUUUAGAGAGGAAGUUUGGGAAACAUGGCGGAUCCGUCCCCAUUGUGCCGACCUCAGAGUUCCAGGCCAGGAUCGCUGGAGCGUCUGAGAAGGACAUCGUUCACUCAGGUCUGGCCUUCACCAUGGAGCGCUCUGCCAGGCAAAUCAUGCGAACAGCCAACAAGUACAACCUGGGCCUGGAUCUGCGGACGGCAGCGUACGUCAACGCCAUCGAGAAGAUCUUCAAGGUGUACUACAAUGCCGGCCUCACCUUCACGUAGACUUGCCUCCAUCCACCUCCUCUCCAUCUUCCGUUCAACCAGAACCCGGCCUUUAGUCUUAGCAGCAGCAUGAAAGGAGAGUCUGACACUGUCUCUGUCGUUGUGUUCCUUCCUUCGCUUCAACAUGUCUGCUUCUACUCUUGUCUUUAAAGCGGGCUGACUCGCCGCUCUGCUGCUUUCUAAUGAAUCCUUCUGCUGCUUUUAACACAUAUCAACCCAAAUGUAUAGAGAAAUGAUAUAAAGAUAUAGAUGCCUUAACACCACAAAGAAACCUGCAACAUGCUGUGUGGCCAGAAGUAUGUGGACCUUCACAAACUCUAGUGUCGUUUUGGUUUGUCGAUGAGUUGAUUGGACCAGUGUGUCUCAGCCUGAUGAGUGACCAGCUUGUUGACGAUGACAAGGAAACAGAAAAAAGUAGCACUUCUGAGGCUUCUCACAAAUGCUUGCUUCUCUUUCUGGUACAUUUUUAGAACACGAUUCAAACCGAGCACAGUCUUUGGACAAACCAGCCACUCUGCGAUACUGUCAGACCAGCACUCAGCACUAGUCGUCCCUCUGUUGCUUAGGCACAUGAUGUAGAGGGGGUCUUCCACAUAGCCCCCUCAGCUCCUGGCUCCUCUGAUAUGUCCGUCUCUGGCGCCUUGUGCCUGACUCUCCUCUCUGUGAAAGUUUGCACUCGACCUGCUUCUUAAAACAUCCUGCAGAGAGAUCAAGGCACCUGGUUAUUUUAGAUACACAACUCAGUCAGACUUUAUUUCUUUAGCACCUUUCAUACACGUCAAAUGCAAUUCAAAGCUCUGUACAAGACACUGAGCGCACACCGUGGAAAGAACGGAGAAUAAUCCGCUGCUAAAAAACUAUUCAAAUAAGAUAACAGCAAAUGUAAUGAUACAAAAUAGUCUAAUUGUAUUGUGACACAGAGUAAGAAGUCAGUUGGAUGUAGAAUUUUCACUGCACGGCGUCAACAUGGCGUUGACCUCCACAGCCAGCAGCGUUACAGAAGGUAACUCACAGCUGUUUUCUCUUUAGCUAUUGAUUAUCGUCUUGAUUGAUCAUUCGGCUUAUAUUUUGUCAAGAUGACACAGUCACGUGUCUUGUUUUGUCCGACCGACAAAGAUACUUGGUUUAAAUCACUGAGGAGCUGCAGCUGCAGAAUGUUUGACUUAAAUAUGAUUUACACAUUUAAUGACUUUAAAACUGUUAAUUCAUGUGACUGUUAACCAACCUAAAGCAACAGAACAAAGCGCUAAACGUAUUCAGUUACUGGUGAACAAUACAACAAGAAAAGCUGCAAACGAAAGACUGUUACACAAUUUGUGAUGAAUAAAAUGUGACUGAUUGAUCUGUCCACAUACUUUUGGCCAUGAACCCUUUGUCUACACAUUAAUGUCCUUUUUAUAACAUGCUGUGAACAUGUACCUCAGGACUGUGGCAUUGAUGUUUACUGCCUUUGGAGCCGUUAAAGGACCAUUCCUGUGUUUUCGCUCAUUAGCUACUAACGGUUUUGUUUAUGAUCCAUUAGUUUUAGAUUGAUUUCAGGUCAUUUCUAGGAAGAUUGGUCUGUGUGGUGAACUGGUGGCACUCAGGGUUCAGCAUUUAUUUCAGCAGUAUUCUAACAUUGAAUAGACAUGUAUUACACACUGUAUUGAAGUAUAGUUCUAGGAAGGUUCAGGUGUUUGCUAAUACACAGCACUGGUUCUAAGUGUGCCUCACGCUCUGUGUCUACAGCAGCCUCCAUCACAGGUGGGGACUAAUGCAUUAACAAAGCCACUUUACACUCACUCCAUUAAAUGGUUGCAUACUGCCCAUAAAUGCUGAAGUAAAAGCCAAGUUAAAUGUUACCUCUUUACUUUUGUGAAAAUUCUUCAUGCCUGUGCAACAGUAACGUAUCUUUAAAUGAAAAUCAACAGUGACCUGGUAGGAAAAACUUUCAGAAAUCUGAAGCACUGCGAUGUGCUUUGAAAAAAAUUUCCUGGAAUGCUCCUUUAUCUGUCGGCCGUGUUUAGCUUGUGUGCAGAAAGUGGCCCUUCAACUGAAACCUCGGCUGCAGCUCGUGCUAAAGCGUUCUGCGGUGUUGUUCCCUGUUUCAUUACACACCUGUCACCUUGAAAGCACUGAGCUACAGUCUUCAGGUGAAUCUCGGAGUUUGGAAAGUCAGACAUAGGCUUUCUGCCUGUUCUCCAGCAGACUGUCGGCUGCUCAGCAGCAAACACCGGGUUCUCUGAGCAGCUUGACAGACAUAAAGCUCAAAAUGUUUAAAUAACUCUGCAACUAAUUCAGCUAACUCUGGGUUGUGGUCCCUGUGGGGACAGCUGAGGGCUCCAGGACCCACAGACACAAAGUAGAAAGCUAUGGCUGCAUUGGUUACUCUGAGAGCGCCCCCUCUCUGCCAGGGUUUGAACUGCAGCAAUGUCUUCAACAGUUUAAUUCAUGUCUUAACGUUGGUUUAGGCUGAAGUUUCCCUCCCAGCGCCUCAGACCUGGUUUGUCCACAGCAGUGUGAACAGACCAGGUGUCCUCAGACCAGAUCUGUGUGGCAGUGUAGGAGCUCAGUGAUGUUCACACUGGAGCAGGGUACAUGGCCCUGACACACACGGAAAGGAAGCAGAGACACAAAGGUCAGAUCUGGCUGAGACAUCAGGACUGAGCAUGAAGGCCUGGGAUGUGACGCAGCCUUAGAAACUCGUUUGAAACCUCAGAUAACAGUCUGAACAAAGCUUCAUCUCAGGGUGGGGAGCUGUGUGAGCCGCUGUUUCCUGACAGCUCUGAUCCAAACCGCUGUCAGUAGCUGUGUGAGGGGGUUUGUGCCUUUUUGUUUAAAAUGAAAUGUUACAACAAAAUAAAGUCCAGAGAAAGUGA